CGCUGAGUGAAACAGAUAGCGGCCGCUGACUAACACACAGUCGUCAUGUCCUCUGGUGGAGAAAAGUCCAAGCCUGUCUCCCAGCCUAAUGGGAAGACUGCUCAGCCAAAGAGAACCGAGAUGGGCAUUGGAAACUAUAGGAUGUAUGUGUUUGACCAGGAAAACUUUCAGGGCCGUAUGAUCGAGAUCAGCAACGAGUGCAUGAACGUGUGUGAAAUGGGCAUGGACAGAGUGCGUUCCCUUCGUGUGGAGUGCGGGGCUUGGGUGGGCUGGGAGCAGAUGAACUUCUGUGGAGAGAUGUACAUCCUGGAGAAAGGUGAGUACCCCCGCUGGGACUGCUGGAGCAACUGUCACAGGAACGACUACCUGCUCUCCUUCAGACCUGUCAGAAUGGACCCAGAGAAGCAUAAAAUCUGCCUGUAUGAGGUCGGUGAGUUCAAGGGCCGUAAAAUGGAGAUUAUCGAUGAUGAUGUGCCCAGUAUGUACACCUAUGGAUUUACUGACCGUGUUGGUAGCAUCAUGGUCAGCUGUGGAACUUGGGUGGGCUACCAGUACCCCGGUUACCGUGGCAGCCAGUACCUGCUGGAGAAGGGUGACUACAGUCACUUUAACGAGUAUGGUGCUCGCCAUCCCCAGAUGCAGUCUGUCAGGCGCAUCCGUGACAUGCAGUGGCACCCGGAUGGCUGCUACACUAUGGCCACCAAGUGAGGGCUUGGGAGGAUGAGAAAGAGAGGGAACAGGGGGGAGAGAAAGAGAGAGGGAGAAGAAGAUGAAGGAGGGGGAAGGGGGAGGGCCAAGAAGGAGAGGAGGAGCGGACCACCUGUGUGAAACAUCCUGGGUAGGAAAACUGAUAGAAACAGAGGUCAAUCAGAUACAGGUGACAGCUUAAUAGAGAGAAAGUAUAAAGACACAAACGCAUUGAUGCCAAAAGACUGCAGUUGUAAAGACUGACAAAGCAUUUUCUUUCUCAACCCCAUCUUCUUUUAACUCAUCUUCUUCUUUCAUCCCUCUUCCUCCUCUUCCUCAUCCUCCGUACAUUUUUCCGCUGAGGAAAUCAGUCCAUCACAAUGAGCCUUAACUGACCCCUGACUUAGUGGAGUCAGGGAUGAUGAUAGACAGGG